CACAACACGACCGCUCGGGGUUUGGUUGUAGCGCUUUGUGAUCCGCCGGGUAUGUUUGAAUCGACUUGUACUGUAAUCAUAUGACGUGAAUCGUUUAACGAGUACUUUACACGUUAAAGAGUGUAACGCGUCUUUCUGGGAACGGCGACGUCUGCGGUGCGUGACUUCAUCAGUAGAAUAAGCUCGAUUACACGUGUAUUUUAGUCCGCAUUUUAGAUUGCAUCAAUCAUGGACGCGUCCAUUUAUUUAUGUGUUUUCUCGCUCUGCACGUGUCUUGCUUUCGGUAAACCGACUAUUAGGAAAGAGCGAGUUCACCACGAGCCUGAACUGAGCAGACAAGAGCACGAGGACAACCAGAGCUACCAAUACGAUCACGAGGCCUUUUUGGGCAAAGAAGAGGCGACCACCUUUGAUCAGCUCACCCCAGAGGAGAGCAAAGAUAGAUUGGGAAAAAUCGUUGACCGCAUUGACAGCGAUGGCGAUGGAUAUAUCACCACCGAGGAACUCAAGGCCUGGAUCAAGAGAGUACAGAAACGUUACGUCUAUGAGAAUGUGGCAAAGGUCUGGAGUGAUUACGACCUGAACAAAGACAAUAAGAUCUCAUGGGAUGAAUACAAGCAAGCAACCUAUGGCUACUACCUGGCCAACCCCGAGGAGUUUGAGGAUUCGACUGAUCAGUUCAGUUUCAAGAAGAUGCUCCCUCGGGAUGAACGCAGGUUCAGGACGGCAGAUUUGGACAGUGACCUGGCUGCGGAGCGAGAGGAGUUCACAGCUUUCCUUCACCCGGAGGAGUUCGAUCACAUGAAGGACAUUGUGGUUCUUGAAACUCUGGAGGACAUUGACAAGAAUGGAGAUGGUCAUGUAGAUGAAGAUGAAUACAUAGCUGACAUGUUUGGAAAUGAAGAUAAUGGUCCAGAACCAGCCUGGGUGAAGACCGAGAGGGACCAAUUUUCAGACUUCAGAGAUAUCAACAAAGACGGGAAGAUGGACCAGGAGGAGAUUCGUCUAUGGAUUCUCCCACAGGACUAUGAUCACGCUCAGGCCGAGGCCAGACACUUAGUGUACGAGUCGGACACAGAUAAGGAUCAGAUGCUCACCAAAGAAGAAAUUCUGGAGAAUUGGAACAUGUUCGUAGGCAGCCAGGCCACCAACUACGGUGAAGACCUGACCAGGAACCACGAUGAGCUGUGAGCCCAACUCAAGAGGAUGAGACUCUAACCGCAUAAAGGCCUAGUGAGAACAAGUGUGUCCUGGCCUGAAGCUCUGUGGUAUCUUUGGAACCAAUCAGAAGCCAUUUUUACUGACUGAUCUCUAUUGCAGCUCUACCUCACAGACUGGACAUAGAGGACCUGAGAGUCUGAAGCACUGGUGACCAUGAUCCCACAUCCAGAUCUCCUAUACUCUAUGUUCCUAAUGUGGGUGAUCAAGAAGCUGCUCUUGGUUGAACAAGCUGCUACAGACGUCUUCAGCCAAAACCAAGUCUUUUCUAUCAUACACAUUUUUUUGUUUUGUUUGGAAGCAAACAAGCAGUCAUAGGAUGAAACCUGUAUCCGUGGUGCCCAAAAUUGUGUGUUGUCAAUGUAUUGGAACAAAUGAGAGAUAUGAACUGUAUUUAUUUAGAAUAUAAAUGAGAUGAAAUGAUACAGCCACGUUUUUAUAUUGUUGAUUUAGACUUUUUUUACACUAUUUGUGAAAUACUAAUAUUGGCCAGUAUCACUGUCACACUUUGCUGCCUCGGAUGCAAUAUGUAAUGAACUUUUACUGUGUUUUUCCCCCAAUGUGGUUUAUUUUUGGCUUAUGUUUGUCUCAUUUCAUUUUAAUUGUAGAUCCACUGAUACACUACACAGCCAACUGUUUGUCUUCAGAAAUUUUAUUAGCCUGCAUGUUUGGUUAGUGCUUAUUUUCUAUCUUGGCUAUAAGACAAAGUAUUACACAGGCAGUUUUAACUAUAUACUUGUAAUUUAUUAAAAGAGGUGAUCUAAUGUGUUAACAGUUA